AUGUAUUUUGAAAUUGAAAACACCCCGGAGCAUGUUAAAAGGGCUCGACGUACUGCCUGUAAAUCAGAAGAAUCACCCAAAGAAGAAUGUCCCCGUUUGGUGUUGGCUCCGUUCUCCAGACCACCACAAGUUGUGUUCGACAAUGUUAUCAUUGGUACAACUUGUGAGAGAAACUUGGAAGUCAUUAAUCCAACAAAACAACCACAGCAUAUAACUCUAGGUAAAGCUCUACCACCAGGACUGAUUGUGCAUAUACCCGGAGAAUGGUUGGAAGUGGAACCGGAAUCAUGUAAUAUAUUGACAAUGGUAUGGACCCCCAACCAGCCUACUGCUGUUAGAGAAACCCUUAAUUUCACAAAUGAGAACCAUAGAAGACAUGAUGUCAUUGUUCUUCUUAAAUCUGUGGUGAAUGUCAAAGGGAAGACAAACCAAUCAAAAGGGUUUAAAAUAUCACCAGGUAAAAUGAAAAGAAAGUCAUCAAAAAAAUCGCCAGUUGCAAUUUACAAAAAGAAAACUGAAAAAAUUAAUAAAACCAUAAAAAGUAAAGAUUGGGUGAAUAUAAAACAUUCCACUCAACGUAAUAUUCAGACUGUAUCUGAAAAAGAGAAUAAUACAGUUUUAAAUGAGCAUUCCUUGAAUUCUCACAUGGAGCAGUGUCCCUUUGACUCUCCGAACAGUAUAGAUUUUAAUUUCAACACUUCCGAAAUCUUUUCGAACAUAAGAAAACCCAACUUGCAAGAUACUUAUGAUAAAACUUAUGCAUCCACUGAUAGUAGAUAUAAUGUACCCCAAAACGUUUUAAAGCCAUCUAAUAGGCAAACACAUCCCAAUACUUCAAUUUCUGAUAUAUUUGAUAAAUUAACAUUUUCUCCUUUGAAGACAUUACCUGCUAAAGUCGUUAAGUUGGACAAAGGUCCUAAAAUAGUGCUUAGUGUAAAUUCCGACAGUGACUUUGAUGAUAGCCUAGACUUGCAGAACAAUAAGGAGAAUGAAAUGCAUUCCAUUAUAAGCAUCACAUCGGCCCAACCUAAGAGGUGGCUCACAGUUAAUCAGUAUACUCAAGCAGACUCACAGUUCACCGAAACGCCGAACAUGCUAGAGAAAAAACAGCCCAAUACUUCAUCACCAAAAGAACUAAACAGUCCAAACUUCACUAUAAACACAGAAUUCUCGCGCAUCAGUGACUUGUCGUUUUUCCCUCAACGUUUUUCAACCGAGAGAAAGUUCAUGCCGAAAACCAAUAAUGACACUCAUGAAAUCAUCGACGAUGGCAAACUAUGCUCCGAUACGUACACAAAAGAGUCGCCUAAUACACCGUUUGAACAAAACUUUAAUCAGUUGCGAGUAGAACAGAAAUCCUUGCAGCACUUAUUGAAAGAGCAGCCUAAAAUGUGUAGGCAAGCUCUAUUCAAGGAGUUCCAACAGCGGGAACAUGACAGAAAUUUAUUGAGUGCUUUGGAGCAUAGUCCUUGGCAGUCUGACCUUAGAGCGGACGGGAGAUCCCCGCCCCGGUCAAUAACACCGCCCUUACAGUCUAUCCCAGAAGAAAGCAUCCAUCUCUCCGAUACUCAGGUGUUAGACAAAACUGACAAACAAAUGACCACGUUCACGAUAAACCGUACCUUCGACAAACUUUCCGAUAAAUCAGGUCUUUCCCAUAGCUCUAACAAUAGACAGACUUGGUCAAAAAAAUCCAUUCGCGCCGAGCCCGAUCUAUGGAAAGUGCCGUCAUUACUUAUUAAAAAGAAUAAAACUAAAACAUCACUCAGAAAAGAUUCGAUUUGUGGGAAACAAUCAAACACCAUGUACGACAGUAACAAAAGCAUUAAUCAGAAUCUAUCUGUUAAUCAGAUCGGGAAUAUAUAUUCUCAGUCCUUCACAGUAGAUCCAUUCUCGUCUGCCACCUAUUUUUACGACGAAGAAGCCGUUGACAAAUUCGAAACAGAGUUCAAAAGAUGGUUGAAUUACAUUUUGACGCCACCUGCGGAUCUCGAUAGUAAUACGGAACAAAAAAUAAAUGUCGGCAAGGCCUGGAUUGAGAAUAGAAACAAAGAAAUCCCAGCCGCGCCUACCAAAGAGCAAGUUUGCAGUGCAUACCAUAAUAGCCACAGAUUAGAAAGCCUACGUCGGUCUGCUAGAACCUUGUUAAUGAGCCCUGAUAUUACCAAAGUCCUUCAGAAAUUGAACGCUCAAAUUGAGAAAAAAUUGAUUGUAAUUAGAAACGAUCGGAACCUGCACUUAGAUGUUGGACUGCAAAAGAUAAUAAUGGAAAUCAUAUUAUCGUAUAAUCCAUUAUGGCUGCGUAUCGGCUUAGAAGCUACUUACGGGACCGUUUUACCUCUCAAAUCAAACAGCGAUAUUGAAGGUCUGACGACUUUCAUAAUUCAGCGCAUGUUCAAAAACCCCCAUCUCAAGAACAAACACUCGAAGUCGACCGCCCCAAACAUGCUGCUGCCUGCGUACAUGGAGGCCGUCAAGAAAUUCACAUUAAAGAAGUUCUUUAUGCUGGUUUUCUUUCUGGAUCAAGCCAAACAAAGAAAACUGAUCUCUCACGAUCCCUGUUUGUUCUGCAGAAACGCUGUCUGCAAAGAAAGCCGCGAAAUUAUUAUCAGAUUCACAAGAGAACUAAUCGCAGGCAUUGGAGACAUAACUAAACAUCUACGACCGUUAGGCUAUGUCGUUAGUCACAAACAGUCCUAUCUAGACGAAUAUAAGUACGCGGUUCACAAUAUUGCCCUAGACAUCAGAGACGGUGUAAGAUUAACCAAAGUAAUGGAAAUUAUCAUGAUGAAGAAUGGUCUACUGAAUCAACUUCGGACACCGGCCAUAUCACGACUGCAAAAAAUACACAACGUUCAAGUGGCCUUAAAUGCGUUAAAGGAAGCGAAUUUUGUUAUUGUCGGUGAAAUCACGGCGAGUGAUAUAGCCGACGGUCACAGAGAGAAGACCCUGUCUCUGUUAUGGCAAAUCAUUCAUGUCUUCCGAGCGCCUCUCUUCGAGAAAGCAGCGAAUAUCAUACAGUUGUGGUGGAGGAAGAAAUACGAGGUUAUUAUUGAAAAGCGCACCGAAGAGCAAAGGGUUUUGCGUAAUAGAAACAAUGCAGCGAACGUAAUUCAAAAUUGGUGGAGACGUAUCCAAUAUAAUCGUUUUGUCGAAUGGCAAAUGCAGAAAAUAACACAGGCAACGAUUGUCAUACAGAAGUACUGGCGAAUGUGGCUAUGUCGUAAGCGUUUGGUGAAAAUGAAAAUGAGUGUUUCGAAAAUCGAAGAGUGGUACAGAUGCGUUAGAUUGUCGAGGCAGGCUCGAGAAACAUUACAGAUGCUUAAAUUGCAACGCGAACAACUCCGGCAAGAGUCUGCCAUUGUUUUGCAAAGCUACGUCAGACGCUGGCUUUGUACGAAACGAUAUAAAAUGGUGUUAAAGAAUAUCGUAACAGUACAAAGCUGCGUCCGGCGAUUCGUAAUGAGGCGAAGAUUCUUGAAGUUAAAACAAACUGCAAUUUAUGUUCAACAGAAAUAUCGUGGUAAAAUCCUAAUGAGAUCAGAAGUCCGCAGGCUGACUGAGAAACGCAAUGGCGCCGUCACAAUACAAUCUUACUUUAGAAUGAACAAACAACGUUCUAAUUACAUCAAAAUAAAAAAUGCCGUGAAGUGCAUCGAAAGUCGAUAUAAAGCUUUGUUAGAAAUGAGAUGCGAACGCCAAAGGUAUUUGCUGUUGAAGAGCAGCGUUAUCACAUUACAAGCUUUGUAUAGAGGGAAGAAGGCACACGAAGAAUUCACUAGAAUUAAAAAUGUAAUAAUUAAUUUACAAAGAAGAAUAAGAGCGAAUCAACUAAUGAAAAAAGAAAGAGAUAACUUCAUAAUGAUUAAGAAUGCAACAAUUGUAAUACAGAAAUACUAUAAGGCGCGUUGCGAAAUGAAAAAUGUUAGAGGUGUAUACAUGAAACAACAAACUGCCGUUAAAACAAUACAACGAUAUUUCCGGUCCUAUAUUCUUGCGAAGAAACAGAGGGAAGAGUAUCUAGAAUUAUUGAAUGCCACUGUACUGAUACAAAAAAGAUACAAGAGCUUGCUGCUUAUGCGUAAAGAAAGAAAUGCUUUUAGAACUUUGAAGACCGCUACUGUAGAAUUACAAAGGAGAUACAGAGCAUUGAUUGCUAUGAGAAGUUGCAAAAACUCUUAUCAAUGUUUACGCAAAGCUACUACACUCUUACAACGGAGGUAUAGAGCUCUAGUUCUGAUGAGGGUUCAAAGAUCAGAAUACGCGAAUCUUAAGUCUAGUUGUAUAAAGAUACAAAACGCGUUCAGAGCGUAUGUCAAAGGAAAACGGCAAAGGGAAUAUUUUAUUAAACAAAAAACGUCCGCUGUUGUAAUCCAGAAUUGGUUUAGAAGUUGCAUGAAGGCAAAGGAAGUAAGACAUAACUAUACGCUAAUGAGGAAAUCUUGCGUUGCCAUUCAGAUAUAUUACAAAGCGUUCAUAAUUGGGCGGCAACAAAGACAGGAAUAUUUGAGAAUUCGUGCGGCCACCGUUUGCAUACAAAGAUUUUACAGAUCCUAUUUAGAAAUGAGAACAGUCAGGAAACAAUAUAUACGACUUAAAACCGCUACAGUAAUCGUACAGACAUACUAUAGGUCGUAUUUGGAGACGAAGCUGCAAAGAGAGAAGUUCUUGAAAUUGAGAUCGGCUGCAUCAUUGAUUGCCAAAUACUAUAGAAGCUCUAAAGAAGCUGAAGCGAUACGAGAGAGAUACAAGGUUUUGCGUGAAGCCACUGUUACAGUACAAAGAAGGUACAGAAGUCUCGUGCAGAUGAGGAAACAAAGAGAACAGUAUUUGAAAUUAAAACAGGCCGUUAAAACAAUAGAAACCCGGUAUAGAUCUUUGUUAACUAUGAAGAAACAGAGAACAGCUUAUUUGAAAUUAUGUUCCGCGGUGACAGUCAUUCAAACAAUGUACAGAGCUUGGCGUUCUAUGGUCACAGAACGGAGAAGAUAUCAGUUACUACGAAAAUCGUGCGUCUGUAUACAGACACGUUACAGAGCUAAUAUUCAAUGCAGAAAUGAUAGACGUAAAUAUUUGCAUUACCGAAACUGCGCAAUUGUGUUACAAAGAAGAUAUAGAGCUCAGUUGUUAAUGAGAAAAACGAGAUUUGACUACAUUAGAAUAAAAAAGGCUGCUAUUGUGAUUCAAACAAGAUAUAGAGCGUAUAGACGCAUGUUGGAACAACGACAGACCUAUACCAGAAUAAUUGAGAGCUGCGUAAAAAUUCAGAAGUACUAUAGGGCCUUUUUAAUUGGAAGACGUCAGAGAGAGGAAUUUUUGCGUUUAAAAACCGCAGCGGUUUUGAUUCAACGACGCUUCAGAGCAACAGUACAGUGCAGGGAGAUCAGAAAUGAAUAUUUAAGAUUAAAGACUGCAGCUAUAUUUACGCAACGUCGUUUUCGUGCUAAUAAAAUUGCUUUUAUCGCUAAGCGAAAUGAAGCCGCUAAUAAAAUACGCAAUUGGUACAUCUCUAUACUGGAGCGCAAUAAGUGUCGUUCCGUUUUCUUGAAACUAAAAAAAUCCGCUGUGGUCAUUCAAUCGUUUUUCCGUAUGUAUAUAAUGCGUAAGAAAUACUUAGAGAUUAAAGAAUCGAUUAUAACCAUUCAACGUUUUUAUCGCUCCUAUAAAUUAUCGAUUAUGGAGAGACAAAGAUACGAUAAAAUAAGGCAUGCAAUAAUAAAAACUCAAUCGUGCGUCAGAAGGUACAUUCAAAGGAGACGUUACUUAGAAUUAAAAAGUGCAGCUGUGACCAUCCAAUCCGCAUACAGGUUAAAGAGACACAGAGAACUGGUAUAUGAGAAAAGGAACACAGCAGCGAUAUGCAUACAGAAACAUACGAGACGGUAUAUCGCUCAGUCGUUUUAUACCAAACUACGUAAUAGUGCGAUAUUAAUUCAGAAAAUAUGGAGAGGGAAACUACUUACAAGAUUGAUGCGCUGCAAUUACUUACAGAAAAGGACUCUUAUCAUUAAAUUCCAGGCUGUGAUCAGAGGGUACCUGGUCAGAAAACAGGUUCGAUUGCAAAAAGAAAAUAUUAUAAGGAUGCGUGAAAUAGAGAGGCGUGAUUGGGCAGCUUCUAGAAUACAGGCUCUAUUCCGAGGUCAUAGAGUUCGUUUAGCUGUGGCUAACGAUAGGCGAGUCACAGACUUGAGACGCCGGUGGCGAGAAGGUGCUCUUGUCUCUUACCAAGAAACUUUAAAAGAGCGAAACGAAGAAGCGAUGGAUGUGCUCCGUAAUAUGUGCGAUAUAGAGACUGUUAUCAGAGCUUUCAGAUCGCUUGAACUAUUAACGGAGGUAUUCCCGAUGAUGUACAACGAGAACGCGUCUUCGGUGGUGCGUCGCGUGUACGUGUACAUGUCGGUCACGAACCGCUCCAUCUCCAGCAUAGAGGUGCUGAAGUCGGCGGCCGCGGUACUUGUUAAUCUCACCCGGUACAGGGUUACUGGACCUAAAAUAUAUGCCAGAGAUCGCAUAUCGCCAAUAUUGAAGUUCAUGUGGAGAUUUAGCAACAGUGAAACUCAAUUGUUUUGCAUACUUUCCUCUUAUCUAUGGCUUUUCGCUAAAUACCAGGAUGUGAAGAAGGAUCUGACAGAAUAUUUUCACUUGCCCGAGAACCACAAAAUGCUAAAGACCAUCAAAGGGAACAUCGAUAGAAUGAAACGUAUGGCAACAAAUACAAUGAAGAACAAAUAUCACACACCACAACCGACUAGAUUUGUCUCGCACACGUCCAAUCAGUCUUUGAAUCACAGCGUUUCCAGUAAUAGCGGCUGUACGCACUUAGCGCCUGCCCUAGAACCUGAUUACGGAAUAUUGAGAGCUGACAAACCUCGCUAUUUUGAGGACGCACAGCACGCUAUUCAUUGCCUAUUCCUCACAUACAAAUUGUGAAUAAUCUAUGACUCUAGUUUAUUGCAUUAUGUUAA